AUAACCUUUUAUUGAAAAAACAAGGGAAAGAAAAUUGAUGAUCCAUCAUCACACCCACACCAUACGCUUUUCUUCUUCACACAAACACAAAACCUGUUUCUUUAUUUUCUUUUUCUUCUUCUUCAACCUGCAAAAAUAUCAAAAACCCAUUAAAGCAAAACCAUUCUUUUGGGAGGCUCAUUUGGGUUUCGUGUUUUUGAUUCAUUGUCUUCAAUUUUCUCCCCAUUUUUUUUUUCUACCCCCAAUAGGCAAACGCAAAGGCAACGCAAAGCAAAGCCCUCACUUUCUCCUCCAUAUAGAGCAUGUCCUACGAGCAGGCUUAUGAAUUUGACUUCAUGGCUGAGGAGGGAGAAGUGACCCAUUUCAUUGACGAAAUGGAUGAAGAAAACCGUGGUAGUGAUGAGGGCUUUGAUGAAUACGAAAUGCUUACUAAGGUGACUGAUACAUCAUCUUCGCAAGCCAGAAAGGGAAAAGACAUUCAGGGUAUUCCAUGGGAGAGGUUGAACAUAACUAGAGAUAAGUAUAGAUUAACAAGGCUUGAACAGUACAGGAAUUAUGAGAACAUCCCUUUAUCUGGGGAAGCUGUAGAUAAGGAGUGCAAACAAAUGGAGAAAGGUGGCAACUACUAUGAGUUCUUCCACAAUACAAGAUUGGUUAAACCUACUAUCCUUCAUUUUCAGUUGAGGAACCUUGUUUGGGCUACUUCAAAGCACGAUGUGUAUCUUAUCUCAAAUUACUCGGUUAUGCACUGGUCAUCGCUGAGUGGAAAUUUGUCGGAGGUCCUCAAUUUUGCGGGACAUGUAGCGCCUACUGAGAAACAUGCAGGAAGCUUGUUGGAAGGUUUUUCACAGACUCAGAUUAGCACACUGGCUGUCAAGGAUAAUUUUCUGGUCGCUGGUGGCUUCCAAGGAGAGCUUAUUUGUAAGCGUCUGGAUAAAAAAGGAGUAAGUUUCUGUGCCCGGACAACUUAUGAUGAUAAUGCUAUAACCAAUGCUGUUGAAAUAUACGACAGCCUGAGGAGUGGAAUCCAUUUCAUGGCAUCCAAUAAUGAUUGUGGUAUGAGAGAAUAUGAUAUGGAGAGGUUUCAGCUUCUGAAUCACUUUCGCUUCCCUUGGCCAGUUAAUCACACAUCAAUGAGUCCAGACCGCAGGCUUGUUGCAGUUGUUGGAGAUCAUGUAGACGGACUGCUUGUGGAUUCACAGACUGGAAAGACCGUUGCCACGGUGGUUGGUCAUCUGGAUUACUCUUUCGCCUCUGCAUGGCAUCCUGAUGGACGAAGAUUUGCAACUGGUAAUCAGGACAAGACUUGCCGUGUAUGGGAUAUAAGAAACCUGUCAUCACCAGUUGCAAUUCUGAAGGGCAACUUAGGCGCUACACGAUCAAUUCGCUUCUCGGCUGACGGUGAGUUCAUGGUGGUGGCUGAACCUGCAGAUUUCGUGCAUGUGUACAGUACAAAGGCUGAUUACAAGAAGCGCCAGGAGAUUGAUUUCUUCGGAGAGAUAUCCGGGGUGUCACUUAGUCCAGACGACGAGUCUCUUUAUAUAGGAAUUUGGGACAGAACUUAUGCAAGCAUGCUACAGUAUAACAGAAAGCAUACAUAUGGAUAUCUUGAUUCCUAUUUUUGAGUGAUUUUCAGUGAGCUUCUUCGUGUGAACAAUAAGAUGGUGGCUGAUUCGUUUAGUAAGUAAAAGAAAAAGAAAUGAAAAGAAAGAUAAGGGAGGAAAAAUAGUACUAUAGAUUUUAUUUACCUUUUCCUAAAUUGUACUUGUCUUGAUUUAGGUUAGUUUGGUAAAUUCAGGUGACAGUAGAAUAAGCUUAACAUCUACUUUUGUACAAAAAAUCCUCAUAAUAUUCUCCUUUUUCAUGGUC